AUGUCAUCUUUAAUCUUGAUCACUUCUUCCUUCGUCAGACUGAGGGGCAGCGGCGUGGGUGCAGUUCUGGCUCUGGGCUGCGUGGGGCGCCUCAGCUCUCCUCUCAUGGACUUGAGGAACUACUACGGCUACUUCCUGCACCACGUAGUCUACUCCUCGCUGGCUCUGCUUGCCGUGCUCUCCAUCCUGCUUCUGCCCGAGAGCAAGAGGAAGCCCCUGCCCCAAACGCUCGCAGACGGAGAGCAGUACCGGCGCCCGCCACUGGGGAGACGGAGACGGGACAAAGACCAUUUCUUUCCAUUGCUGCUCUGGUCCAGUCUUGAAUGA